AUGGACGGAGGUCGUAACUCGCCGCGGCAGAUGCAGGAAAUCUGCCGAUUGGAACCGGUGCACGCAGGCAUCCUCGUUUAUGCUGCGUUUUUUUCGUGGUGUUCCUACUUGUGGUGGACGUUUCCAUCCGAGCUCUGCAUAGUGAAGCCUGGCCCUGACAUCAAUCAGGCUUCCAGCGUCGAAGCGGGGCUCGCCUCCCUCGCCGCAGGCCCAGCAGAGGCGAAGGCGAAGAUACUCGAAGUCGCAACGAAGUUGGGUUCCAGUAGUAGUGAGCAGCCUGGAAGCGUGCAACGAGGAGAGGACGCCGCUAAAAGCAGUGAAACUUCUCAAACGAUGGCUACAAGAGAGGGCAAACCGGGAGAGUCAUUAGUGGGUGCCGACGUUAAGAAGAAAUCUGCUUCUGGAGGCUCACCUAUGAUUGUUAAGCGUGUAUCUAAGGAAGCUGCAGCAGAACUCGAAGACUCGCGGACAGCGCGAAGGCAUUUAGCACCAUCUGCGUCUGCCUCUGCCGAGAAAGACAAUGACUAUGACGUGAAUGAAAAAGUCGAGACAUCAGCUUGGAGGGAUUUGGGCUGGGAUGGUGUGGGUCCCGCGCCAGAGUUGCGACACCCUUCACAGCUUGCGCUUGCAAGUAUGUCCCUCCAGAAUCCUGCGCCGACCGGUGCUCUUCGCACAGACGGCAAUAGAUUGUCGAUAACUUUGGAAGACCUCCCAGAAAAAAGCAAUGACUCUGUGCCAAAGCCAAGCCCUGCGUUUUUGCCGAAGUUGUUGGAUACUCGUAACGACAAGGUAAUAAGUGUUCUACAGGUCGGAGGAGAGAGCAACGAGGCCUCCUUGAGAGUAGACAGCGGAAAAGCCACUGCGCUUCCUCCGGCUUUGCGAUGGCUUGAGGGGGCUGCACAGGCGAGCCGCAUGCUUUUCGGAAAGCCAGCUGCCAUCGCGGAGGCUGCUCUAGCAAGAUGGCGUGUAGCAGACUACGACUCGCCGCCUAUAGGCCUGAGUGUGGCAGCGGAGGCCAAAAGAAGAGGACUCGCGGACGAGGGUGGAAAAGCUACCACAGGGGAAGCAGAUCAGGGAGCUGCAGGGCCGUCGAAAGAGCGCAACGUUUGCUACAUACACUUGAUAAGAGGAGAAGGCAGAUUACAACUGCACGGAAUAGCCUGGUUUUUCCUUCACCCGCUUCAGAAUAUGCAUUUGCGGGCCCUUCUUUUCUUUUUCGCGGUGUCAUCGUUGGCGGGAUUUCUGGCUCUAGUGAAUGGUUGCUGUUGCUGCAUGACUCACAGGACAAGAUGCAUCAAUUGUGGAGCAGUUUUCAGCGUUUUGUGGUAUCUACUGACUAUGUUGAUUCGUAGAUGGAAAAGAACGUACUCUCGAUACCGCCCUGAUACUAGAUGAUAUGAUAUCGAUGUUCGUGAAAUUCGUGUUUCCAGUCGCGUCAACGCUGCAACUCAUGUAAACACCUUCUAGUCUUCAAGAAAGGAUUUUCAUAUGUCUCACUUUCAGGGUGAUUUUGAUGAGUUACGCUGCUGUGGUGAUAUCUUUCGCUCAUUGGAUACCCUGGGAGGUAUAUGACAGCGCUCUUGAUGCACGCGGCGUGGUUCCCUGGUUGACGCUUUAUGCAAUGUCAGCAAUCGUUCUGUUGCAAGUCGGGCUUCCAGGAACCAUGUUAUGGCAAGCUUGUUACAUUCCAUAAAAUGUGAGCAUGCUUUUCCGAAGUGAUUUAUUCCUCUGGUAGAAGAUGUUGAAGUAUUUGUUGGAGCUGAUUCUGAUAUAAUUAGUUCUAGCAAUAUAUACUCACAGCUUAUAGAAGGGAUCUCCAUCGUGUUUGAAGUCGCUCAUUGAAUUACAAAUUGUUUCUUCUAAUUUUUCUUGUGCUCCUUUGUGGUUGUCUGCCGUGCCUCCCAUGCUGUGCGCCUCUGCUGUUACGAAUGUUCAGACAGCAAAUUCUCGCAGGACAACUGGGACAAACACGGGACGCAAAUGACGUAGCGCACACGCUUUCAAGGUACUGAUAUUCUACGCCUACCCACGAAUAUGUAUGCGCGUAAUCCUCAAUGUUUCCUGCCCUUAGAUUCUAUGCACCGCAAAAAUCGAUUACACAGGUGCGUGAUGUUCAAGAUAUCGGAAGCAGAUGUGUCGGGAGAAAACUGUGCAAUCUGCUUGCAGGAGUUUGAGGAAGGUCACGAAGCGGCUGAGAGCCCUUGUCAUCACUUUUUUCAUCGCGAGUGCCUUGAAAAAUGGGCCGCUUUCGGUGGAACAAACUGCCCCGUUUGUCGCCGUGGGCUACUAGCGACGGAGGACGGGGGCGAACAUCCUUUGUUGGCUGGAGGGCGCAUCGGUGCUGGAGCGCAGGAUGGGCCGUCCUCCUCAUCGUCAAGCAGCUCGCGCGAGCUGCGGCCUGUCGCGUGAGAUCUAGUGCUGAAGGUGGCGGCCAAACCUCCUUCGACUGCGGAAACAAGCUUUACCUGUUAAAACCUCUCCUCCUCAAACAAAAAUUAGUGAAACACCAUCAUCUACUAGUUGCUGUGCCGGCGAUUUAGUUUUGGCGGUCGAAAAGAUUCCGCGUGUCGUGUUAUAAGUCGGACAAAACGUUAACGACUACAUAUAUUGAAUAUCGUUCGCGGACGAAUGGACCCCGACCUUGGCAUACUUUUGCGACUACGAUUUCGGAUGACGACGAUGUAGUAGUUGCGGAUGCUGAAAAAUAAGCGGUGAAGACUCUGGAUGAAGCAUUUUUGAAUUCAGCGGGAUUGUGUCUGUAUCGCCGAAAUAACGACAUCUAUCUCAGUAGGUCAAAGUAAAGCAUUGAGUAUGAGACGAUGUUGUAGCCUUUUGGGUUAUUCAUUUACAAUGGUAACAGGGACUUAAUUUACACAUGGUGAUGAUCUCGUAGUCAGUACGUAGGAGUUUGACCUGGGCUGGAUGCAUGCAAAGAACAUGACUUUUCAGUUCCUCAGCAGAAAGAUUCCAGGAUCAAAAACAAAGAUACAAGAAGACGAAGUUGCGCACGAAGCCUACUUGUAGGUGAUUCUUCCCUCCUUAUUCACUCAUGGAGGUCUAGUAUAUCGAGCCAAUAAGCCUAGUGAGAAUAAGUGUUAAAUAGAACAUCCAUGUUUUCCUUCAGGGCAGCUUUUGUUACUAGAAAUAGUAGUCGCUCGGGAAGAACUUUCCUCUACCUCGCUCCCAACAUGUUGAACUAGUUUUUGUUGAAUAUCGAUGCUCACAACAAUCGCACAGUAGUUUCUAUGAUCCAGCGAGUGCUGAGUCAGUAU